GUGCUCAUCCGCUCCAGCAUCUUUGCUCUGCGGGCCGUCACGCCCCUCGCCUUUCUCUACUGCGCGACCGCACUCUACGCGCUCUUUGCGCCGCAGGCCAUCGCGCGACAUGCGCUAGCCGCAUUGCCACUUUGGUCUCUUGCAGCCUUGACCAUCUUCUGCGUCAAUGAAGUUUGGUUCUUCUUUUAUGCUCGUCGUAAAGUCGGGCGCCAUCAAGCGCUUGCUACAGCUGCCGCAAAGCUCUCACCAGCUCAGCGCAAGGUUGAAUUCAAGCGUGCCAUUGAGUCUGUGCAUGAUCCACGCGUUUUUCUUGAAGGUUGGUUCAAAGGCGCUCGAUUGGAAGAUAUUGGCUAUGAUAAUGUGCUGCAGUGGAUACUUUGGGCAUUCUUUGAUGCCCCGGCUGAGCCAGAGUCCCUGUAUGCAUUGCCAGAAGACAUCAUCGCCGAAGCAAAGAGCUAUACAGAUGCCUGGGAGUCGCGCUUCAAUGUUACAUUUCAGCCAGGCUUCAACCACAAGAUCCAGAGUAUUCGAUUGUCUCUUGACCCAGUACUCACAACACAUCGUCCAGCAUGCGUCUACCUGGGGGUGGGUGUUCUUUAUGACCACCUAGCAUACUCGCGAUACAGAUCCCUUGGCUUCAAGCACUACAUCCCAUCAGCAGAGUCUGGCCAUCGCGUCUCUUACCCGUACAUUGGCUUACCCAGCUCUCCCUCCAACUCCACCCUCACCUACUGGUACAAGCCCUGCGCACCACUUGCUCCAGGUGAAAAAGAAGGUCUUCCUAUCGUUUUUGUCCAUGGUAUCGGCGCUGGUCUCAAAGUCUACCGCACCAUGAUUACGGAUAUGUGCGCACGCUACCCACGCAGUGCCAUCUACCUCCUCGAAAUCCCCUGCGUUGCCAUGAAACUCGUCGAGAAACUUCCAGUUCGUGCAGAACUCGUACGGGAUGUGGUUGCUAUGCUCAAAAACCACGGUGGUCAUACGGAAGCGCUGUUUGCGGGACAUUCACUUGGGACGGUGGUUGUUUCUUGGAUCUUGCAUCUUGCACCGCAAGUUUGUCGGAAAGUCAUGUUGAUUGAUCCGGUUGUUUGGCUGCUACACUAUCCGGACGUGGCGUACAACUUUCUACAUCGACCACCGAGCAAUGCAAACCAAUGGCUCUACAACUUCUUUGUUUGCAGUGAACCUGGCAUUGCUCGGUUCUUGGGGCGUGGUUUCGUUUGGCAUGAGAAUGUGUUGUGGUUUGAGGAUGUCCCUGCACACUGUGAGAUGCGCGUCUACCUGGCAGAGAAUGACAUGAUUGUGAAUAUCCCAAAAGUCUUUGAGUAUUUGACUGGUCAGGAU